CGCGUAAUCUUAUCGAUGGCAGACGAGAGCGACACGUCGGACGAGAGCUUGGAUGCGGGAAGUGACAAGUUCGAUCCGUUGAAAGCGUUGUAUUCGUCUAAAACACGACUAGUGUCCUCGGCGCCGACCUACGACAAUGUUUCGAAAUUCGAGGCCGUAUUGAAGGGCAUCCACGUGUCGACGAAAAGUAGCAAAUCGACCGUCCCGGGACCAUCCUCGAGGCGGAGAUUUUUACCGCAUCAAGAACCAGUGCUCCGUAAAAGACACGAAUCGAAGAAUGUACUUACAAAAAUGCAAAAUACCAUUGGUCCACUAGGAAUGCUUCACGGAUGCAUGGAGAACAAAAUUCGGAUUAGGGUCUACACCAGGAACGCGCGCGGCAUAAGGGGACACGUGGAGGCAUACGUGGUCGCCUUCGAUAAGCACUGGAACCUCGCGCUGGAGGACUGCUACGAGGUCUGGUCCCGCAAAGUCAAGAGGAAAGCGCCCGUUCUCGGUGCUGAUGCAGUCAAGGUAGAGGCGGCAAACGGUAUCCCUAAGACGGUGAUAAGGAAGGAGCGAAAGAUGGAGACCUUGGAGAGACACGUGCCACAGAUGCUACUGAGGGGAGAGCAAGUCGCUAUAAUCGUCAAAAUCAAUUGACCAUCGCCUUAAGGAUUGUUUCCAAGCACGUGCAGCACUCAAUUGUAUAGCUAAUACAACGAUAGUUUUUCCGUCAUCCAUCAUCCGUUAUUUAUCUAACGAAAUAAAUAACUAAAGUAUUACGAGUAUUGUGUGAAAAUGUUUCACGAUAAAAAGUUUAUUCGCUUGGAAUCCUCUGAAAAGUGUACAACGAUUUUUUCAUCUCGAAAUACAAUAAUCGAAUAGCAAACAUUU